ACAGAGCCCACCUCUUCCUGUCGGUGUCAGAAAGGCAACUUCACCAUAUUUAGCUGGCUUGCCGAAGCCCCGCGGAGUUGAUCUGUCAACCAGACUGAAAAUCUUGACACUUAUCGGCGAAUGCUGCCCGGUGUUGACAGCUUUAUUUUGGCACCGGGAUACAAAUUACAGAAGACGAUGUCAGUGGGAUAUGGUGCUGGGGAAACGGGGCCGUGACAACGGCUGUUUUUAACGCGAUAAAAGUAACGUUAGACGUCGUCUGUGUCUGUCAGAAUUCCAACUAACGUUAACGUUAUCCAACAGCCGAGCUAGUCAGCUAGCUAAUUACUGUAGCUACCCUGACGUUCGCUGUGCAGUAGACACGAAUUUAUGUCGUUUCUGUUAAUGUACAUAUUUCGGUAGGAAUUCAUUUGGACUCAGUGACCCCGCUAUGAUGAUAUCCUGACAGUUCCUAUCUAGCGGGCUAACUUGGCUAACUAGCAGGUUUUCACUGCCAUAGUGUUGCGUUGAGCAACCAGUAGCUUUCGCCGUGGCAGUGGAUUCCGUUUGGAUACGUUGACAGUGCACGAACGUUGGUGUGCGGACACGGGGGCGCCGAAGACCCCCGGCCGGCAAAACGACCGUAUCGAAGGGCCCCUGUUGACAUUCUGCAGGGAGAGGAGCUAACAGAGAGCAGGGCACUCGGCCAUUCGGCGCGGCAGAGGCGGUGCACUGCCGAAGGAGACACCGGAUUGAACGGAGGAAGAGUCCCAAACGUUUGACUACUGUGAUCCGGGAAGUGAUCCGGACAGAGACCUCAUGAAUGGAAAUCGGAACUACAGGAGCCGUUGGGGCCCAGUCCCUGUUCGCCAUGCCUCGGCGGCCUGGCUAUGGCACCAUGGGGAAGCCCAUCAAGCUGCUGGCCAACUGCUUCCAGGUGGAGAUCCCCAAGAUGGAUGUCUACCUCUACGAGGUGGACAUCAAGCCUGACAAGUGCCCUCGGCGAGUCAACAGGGAGGUGGUUGACUCAAUGGUACAGCACUUUAAGGUGACAAUCUUUGGGGAUCGCAGGCCCGUCUAUGAUGGAAAGAGGAGCCUGUACACAGCCAACCCACUGCCUGUGGCACCCGCAGGGGUGGACCUGGAUGUUACUCUACCAGGGGAGGGAGGGAAAGAUCGCCCCUUCAAAGUUUCCAUCAAGUUUGUGUCUCUGGUCAGCUGGCACAUGCUCCACGAGGUGCUGACUGGCCGCAGCAUGCCUGAGCCCCUGGAGCUGGACAAGCCCAUCAGCACCAACCCUGUGCACGCUGUGGAUGUGGUGCUGCGACACCUGCCCUCCAUGAAGUACACUCCGGUGGGUCGAUCCUUCUUCUCUGCUCCAGAGGGCUACGACCAUCCCCUGGGAGGUGGGAGGGAGGUUUGGUUCGGUUUCCAUCAGUCCGUGCGCCCUGCCAUGUGGAAGAUGAUGCUUAACAUUGAUGUGUCUGCCACUGCCUUCUACAAGGCCCAGCCAGUCAUCCAGUUCAUGUGUGAAGUGCUCGACAUCCACAACAUAGACGAGCAGCCUCGCCCUCUCACAGACUCGCACCGGGUCAAGUUCACCAAAGAAAUCAAAGGUUUGAAGGUAGAGGUGACGCACUGUGGAACCAUGCGGAGGAAGUACCGCGUCUGCAACGUGACCCGUCGGCCUGCCAGCCAUCAAACGUUCCCUCUACAGUUGGAAAAUGGUCAAACUGUAGAGCGCACUGUAGCCCAGUACUUCAGGGAAAAGUACAACCUGCAGCUGAAGUACCCACAUUUGCCCUGUCUACAAGUGGGUCAGGAGCAAAAGCACACAUACCUGCCCCUGGAGGUGUGUAACAUUGUAGCAGGUCAACGAUGCAUCAAGAAGCUGACAGAUAAUCAGACCUCCACUAUGAUCAAAGCCACAGCUCGCUCUGCACCCGACAGACAAGAGGAGAUCAGCAGGCUGGUACGCAGUGCCAACUACGAGGCGGACCCUUUUGUGCAGGAAUUCCAGUUCAAGGUGCGCGACGAGAUGGCCCAUGUGACGGGGCGAGUGCUACCCGCCCCCAUGCUGCAGUACGGCGGCAGGGUGAGCACAGAGCACUUUAUGAACCGCACUGUAGCCACGCCCAGCCAUGGGGUGUGGGACAUGAGGGGGAAGCAGUUCCACACCGGGGUGGAGAUCAAGAUGUGGGCCAUCGCCUGCUUCGCCACGCAAAGGCAGUGUCGAGAAGAAAUACUAAAGGGUUUCACAGACCAGCUACGUAAGAUCUCUAAGGAUGCUGGGAUGCCCAUCCAGGGCCAGCCAUGUUUCUGUAAAUACGCCCAGGGAGCGGACAGCGUGGAGCCCAUGUUCAGACACCUGAAGAACACCUACGCCGGACUGCAGCUCAUCAUUGUCAUCCUGCCGGGAAAGACUCCUGUCUAUGCCGAGGUAAAGCGUGUGGGAGAUACCCUUUUGGGUAUGGCCACGCAGUGUGUCCAGGUGAAGAAUGUGGUGAAGACGUCACCUCAGACCCUCUCCAACCUCUGCCUCAAGAUCAAUGUGAAGCUGGGAGGCAUCAACAACAUCCUGGUACCUCACCAGCGACCAUCAGUGUUUCAGCAGCCAGUUAUCUUCUUGGGAGCAGAUGUGACACAUCCGCCUGCUGGAGAUGGGAAGAAGCCUUCAAUUGCAGCAGUUGUAGGCAGUAUGGAUGCCCACCCCAGCAGAUACUGUGCCACUGUGCGGGUCCAGAGGCCCAGGCAGGAGGUUAUCCAGGACCUGGCCUCCAUGGUGCGGGAAUUGCUGAUCCAGUUCUACAAGUCAACUCGCUACAAGCCCACCAGGAUCAUUUUCUACAGGGAUGGAGUUUCAGAAGGCCAGUUCAGACAGGUGCUGUAUUAUGAGCUGCUGGCCAUUCGUGAGGCCUGUAUCAGCCUGGAGAAGGAGUACCAGCCAGGCAUCACUUACAUUGUUGUGCAAAAACGCCACCAUACUCGCCUCUUCUGUGCCGACCGCAACGAGAGAGUUGGACGUAGUGGAAACAUUCCUGCUGGUACUACCGUGGAUACGGACAUCACACAUCCCUACGAGUUUGACUUUUACCUCUGCAGUCACGCUGGAAUACAGGGCACCAGUCGGCCCUCCCACUACCAUGUACUGUGGGACGACAAUUGUUUUACCGCUGACGAGUUCCAGCUGCUCACCUACCAGUUGUGCCACACCUACGUGCGCUGUACCCGCUCCGUCUCCAUCCCUGCGCCAGCCUACUACGCCCACCUGGUAGCCUUCCGUGCCCGCUACCAUCUGGUGGACAAAGAACAUGACAGCGCUGAGGGCAGCCACGUGUCUGGUCAGAGUAACGGUCGGGACCCCCAGGCGCUGGCCAAAGCUGUUCAGAUUCACCACGACACCCUGAGGACCAUGUACUUCGCCUAAGCUAAACCAGCCCUCCCCAACCAUUGCCACCCUUUACACACACACACACACACACACACACACACACACACACACAUAAACACACACAGACACAACCAUGCACACCUGGCUUGCCAGUCAAGGAGUCCUCAUAUGUGCAAGUCCCGCCCCACCCCCCUACAUGCCUAGUCAAUCCGGACCUGACACUGUGCAGAGGAAAGCAGGGAGGAGGGAGGGGAGGAGGCACCCCUACACUGGACAGAGGAUGCAAACGCUGCUUUAAAAAAACAAACGAGAGAAACUCAGCACUAUUAUGCAAUAUUAAACCAGCCAACUAGUUAUUUUUCACCCUUAUUAGGCCCCAUUUCCAUUGCCCCUCCUAUCUGCUCUUCCCUGUGUCUCCUUUACUUGUGGCCUAGUGGGUGUUUUUCUUGUUUGUUUUUACUUUUGCUCCCCUUUGGCACAGUCUUUCUGUAUAGUCUACUAAUCUGCUCCUUUGCCAGCUACAGUACCUCAAGUCAGUUUGAGCAGCAGCACUUUUACAUUGUGUUGACUCUCCCUAGUGUUUCCAAUGAGGGAGCAGAGAAGAAGGAAGGGUCAGACUCUGGAGUUGGUGUUUGAUUUCUUUUGGAAUAUAUUUGUUUCAUUGGACCAGAUGUCCUCCCAGUUGCCACUUUUAUUUUUCCUCUUGUUUCCUCUUUUCUGUCACUUUUCCCUAGUGUGUGAAAUCACCGGUUUCUUGUAUGGAGCAACAUGUUCUUUUGAGCACACUGCCACCUGUUGGCGACGAGGUAUAAAUGCCCCUUUAAAGGUUUCAGAUCAGUUUUGAUUUCUCUUUAGCAGCCAGCUGUCACAUUUAAAACAGGCAGUUUAUAUUGGCUGAUAUAUCAAUUGCAGCCAUCUAUGAAUUUUAUUUAAAGUAUAACACUGUUAUUUGAUUGUAGUUGUUAUUUUUCUUCGACAUUAUGUGAAACAUUUUAUGAUUCUGACUUCUUUUUUUAAAAAUCAUUUAAACCGUGUACGCUUAUGUUCUUAGUAGUUGUCAUGCAUUCAUUUUCCUUAUCUCACAUUUCCCUCUCAUGAGUUUGAGAUUGUGGGUAAAUAGAGAUCACGUCAAUGGUUUCCUCUAGUGCAAUAAUCAGUUGAACGAAGGGAAGGGAACUUAAGGGGACGUAAAAUGAUUUGAAAGUGAGUGUCCUCGAAAGGAAAAUGGUUUGCCACUCGUUAGACACUUUCAUGUUUGUUCCUCUGUGACACGAUUGAUCAGCAUGUUUUAUUAGUUUGCCCUUGGUGUUGGGCAAAAAUGGUGCAACUGCAGUUUUGGUGAUUUUCAUGUUUUUACUUGAAUUGAAGGAUUUUAUGCUCCUCUGUGGUGUGAGGCUACUCUAUCAUCAUUGGGCAUGAUUUCAUAAUUCCUGAUCAUCAGUUUGCUAAUGAGGCUGAUUUUCUUAAUUCCUAAGAGUAACAAAGGUUUAAAGACCAUAAAGAGGUAUUAUUCAAGUGCCUGGUGUAUAACUUGUUAUAGGGAUCCUAUUUCAGUGGGUUAAAAUAAAAACGAUUCCAACAAAUGGACAGCAUUAGAUGGUUUAAAGCAAGAAAGUUUCACCCGAUGCCUCUUAUUCCCCUGACUUUUCUACACAUUUCAUUCAAAUCAUCCUACAUUCAAUAUAUUUAUUGUUGCCUAUACAGCAGUGUUAGCUGUUGGCUUUGCUUUAGAGCAGUGUUCAAGCAAAGCAGGCUUAAUCUUAACCAGACAUGGAUCCAGCUGCUACAGUGUGUUUGUACCCAAAAGGCCGGGUUCAUGGGCAUGGAGUCAGCGUCGUCAUAAAUGAACUGUUUCUUUCGAUAGAAAUCCUGAGUCCAGGACUAUAGGUUUUUUUUCCUGUCCAUGUAACCCGGCCUAAAGUUGUGACUGGCUUCAGAACAAUGCUGAGGAGUUAAGUUAGACAGCUGACUAAUAAUAUGACAUGGGCACCUGGAUUGUAGUCACAACUUAGCUCCUUUGUGCCGCUGAAGCUAGUCUGGGGGGGGGGGGGGGGUUUUUAAAAGUUAUCUGCACUAAAAGAAGCUGUGUUUCGGUACCGAACACAGGCGUGGUGCUACUCUGUCUGAAUUAGAAUCUGAAGCUGAACCUCUACAUGAGACUCUGGAUGAGUUGGCGGGUAGGGAAGUAGAAAACCCCCCCCCGGUAAAUCUCACUCGCUUAAGGACAAGAGAAGGUCCUACUGCUAUGGUUUGAGGGAGAUUUAGGAUUUUACUCGGUAGAUAUGAUCAGCAUUGAGAACCUGUCAAACGGUACAACGGCGGACGUUCCCUCGGGACAGUGAGGUAUAAUGUAGGGUCCUGCAUCCGCUGUUGCGUUUGCGUUUGCAGCCUUCCAGUGCGGAAGCCAGUGGGUUUGAGCCUUCAUGAUUUCACUAGUGUCUGAAAGCCUUUUUAAAAAGCUAGAUCGAAAGUAUAUUUGUACAUUUGAAAUUAUGUAAUGCACACCACUUAUUUUUGCUAACAGAAAAAAAAAGUAGUCUAAUUAUUAACCUUAGUAAUAAAUGUAUCAUGAUAAGUAAUGGUUAAAAAUGUAGAAUAACAAAGUUUUAUUAUUGCAAUAGACUGUCGACUAGUUCCUGUGUCACUGUAUGACGUAUAGUUUAUGUGUGAACAGUGGUGGGGUUGUUAAAACUAGUGACAUGUGUUUGGACUGUCAUACUGUUAUUGAUAGGGAUGUGGACUUAAACCGCCUCUUGCUUUGAUGUUUGGGGGGGGGGAGCUGCAAGAUGUUGAAUGCUUAUUUCUCUCUUUUUGUGUGUGUAGAUGCUCGUACAGCCAGAGGUUUGUCGUAGAGUAAAGAAUCUCAAGAGAGAAAAUAUUACAUACUGUACUCCGGAAAAGGCUUUGUAUUAAGACGUUGCAUCCCUAGUGUGAUGACAAACGGUGGAAUAGAAGAAAAGUCGAUUUAUACAUUGAGCAGUGUCUGCUCUCGAAUGUUCUCGGGUUUUCUCCAACUGGUGCUGAUGCCCGCUCCUUAUCAGGAGGGAGAGUGAAAAGGAAUGGGCGAGUGGUUUUUGAAAGUGUUGUUGAUCCAUUUCAAGGACACGUGUGGUCAAAGAAUGUCGUAACAGUGGGUAGUACUUCUCAUUCUCAGUUCAUUCCUUUGUGUUAAAGGCUUGGGGGAUUUACGUCGGAUUGCAACCUCUGCUGCUUUCCUCGGACUCCUCUCUUUACCCGAAGCACUUCAUGUGCUCACAAAUACCCUCCCGGGAAAUCUGUGGUGUGACAAAGCCUGUUAUCUUGUUGCUCUCUUUCCCCCUUUGCUCCUGAACAUUUACUCCCCUGUGCCAGGGGACUACAUUCCACAGCUGUACAAUCCCAUGUGAUCCCCCUUGGAAGCGUGCGAGAGAUUAGGGUUGAAGGACAAUUGUGGGGUCUGGUCAGUAAGACAUAGUGGGUUCUGUUAUUCAUUCAAGUAUGUGUGAUUAAGAUGGAAUCAAAGCUGACCAAUGAUAACUUUGUUGAGGCAGGUUAUGUUGGAAGUUGAACAAGUCUGGAGGUUGACUUUCGAGAAUUUAGAAUCUAUUUUUAACUCCCUAUCUCUGCUGUCGUUAAUGGAGUUUUUACUUUGUGUAUAAACUACACACCUGAGGGCAGUUGAACACAUGUUUACAUAGCAGAUGUGUUUGCCUCGCUUACAACUGAAAUGUCAUCAGCUCUGCUUUGCAAAUAUCAGCCAGUGGAGAAUUGACCUAACAUGAGCCAAGACCAUUUUGGGCCUGUGGAAGUGAACGCUUGAAGGGAUACGAAGACAUUAUGUAUUUGGUCAAUUUGUCCUCAACAGACAUCCGUGUUACACGGCAGGGGAAUAGACUUGUUUGUCCUUCCAGUUCUAUUAAAAAUGACUUUUUAGACUUGAUUGAAAUGAAAGGGUACACUUUCACUUAGCUUACAAUUAGAACUGCUAUUUGCUAGAAGCUGAAGAACAAACAUCAUGCCCACAAAGUGUCUGAUGAAGAAGAAUAUCUAAAUUAACUCCACAAGGUCAAUGUCUCCUUUUUUGAAAUGAAAAAGAAGGUGUCUCCCUUUUUGAGGAAUCGAUCAAUAUCCCUGAUUUUGGUUGUUCUCUAUUUGCAGUGGAAGGUAGCAAUGGAGUGAGAAAAAGUCCACAGAAAGUGCCUUUCCUCAUGAUGGUGCUGUAAAUUGCAAAAUAAAAUGUAAAAUCAAAGAAAUAGAAUCUCCUUUUCAAGAACACAUUGCAGUGCAGGAACUGCUGCAUUUACACACACACACACACACACACACACACACACAAACACACACUCACUGUACACGUUUGUUUUUUAGGGAGGGCCAUGCAAACUCGUGUUUCAUGUAUUUAGACAUUAAGCCUACAUAGAAAUAGAAUAAAUGCCAAGUAUAUGGUUGUGGUUGAGCUUUCGCUUCCUAGUUCGUUUAGUGUCUUGGACCAAUGGUGUCGUUGGUACAGUGGAAUGUGCGUUUGGGAGGGUGGGUGUUGGGGUGGUUUGGGGUCAUAGCUGACAAUAGUGUGGUGUGACACAGCCCAGCCCACGAAUGACACACAUAGCACAGCACUUUAGAGACUGCAACUCUCACUCAGACACAUAGCCAAGAGGUUUCGAUCUCUGUCCCUCCAGUCCCCUUCUUCCUCCCCAGGAGGAGGAGAGGAUCCAAACCUCAGUGUAAACGAGUCGAAGGGAUGUGUGUUACCAAACCAAGCAGUCGGUCAUUAAAAGUGUGCCUCAUGCUCUCGUGACUUUGUUGGUGGCUCGGUUGAGUCAGCCUGCUCUCGGGUGGUGCUUUUCCCUCUGGAGUUACCACUCGACACUUUGUUACAGCUAGGGCUGGGUGUCAAAACACGAUAUCGGUACCUCACAGAUUUUGGCAUCAACAUUUUUGAAGCAUCUCAAGCUUAAUAAGAAAGCAGUCCGGAGGUUUUUACAACAGCGGAUUCUUGCACUGAGAGGCAAGGUUUUCUUCUUGAAGGGCAUUUUUACUAAGAAAAGCAUCAGUGGGAUAGAAAACUUCUUGACAAAGCAUAAAUGACAAACUAAUUCAGUCUGUUGCAUAGUGAAGUAUGCUUUUAUCCAAGUGUCAUUUUACACCAGGUAUAAAGAUGAAAUAAACAGAACCAGUGUCAGUAUUGAAACUUUCCUCAAGAUGCCCAGCCCUAGUAGCAGCCCAUGGCAUUCUUUCAUCUAAGUGCAAUGCCCUGCCAUGUGUUUUGUCCCUGAUGGAGGGAAUGUGUGCCCAGCAGUAUCCCUGUCUUGAGCUGUUAGGGUGUCGACUAAAAACCAAGGGUGUGUCUCUAGUUCUGUGGGUACCUUUUCAGUCCAGGGGGUGACAUCUUUCUAUUACAAGAGAUCUCAAAAAACACUGCACCUCACUUACCUUGGUAUGCUGCAUACAGUAUGUUAUACUACAUGAAAGAAAACUGCAAAUUGCUUUUAUUAUGACAUAUAAUGCUUGAGUAAUGCCUGAUUGCGAUAUUCUUAUACGGUAACUAUUUUAGAGUCAAAAUAAGUAUAACUGUAAAAAAAAAUAUUCUCUGUUUUGUCUUAACACUUAUCCGAUUUUGAGAAACUGUUCUUGAGCCGACUUUUAUUUUGUUGUCCUAUUUAAAUGUGUCGUUCUUUAAAUUUAUAUAUGAAAUAUAUAUAUGCGGAAUAUUUUAUGGUGUAUUUAUUGAGAGUGCAUUCAAGCGGCUGGAGUCUCCGCAUCAUAUUGCAGCAUGGUGGGGGCGGAGCCAGGAGGAUGAGGCCUUUAGCCCCUCCCCCUCCAUGUUGACGCCUUAUUCUCCGAGACACGCAAGCACAACAAUAUGGAGGGGGGUGCGAGGUGGAGGAAAGGGAGGCGGUGGGUUUGACCUGGUGAUAUUUACAGGUCAACUCUCCCUCCUCCGUUUCUUAAUAUUCUUUAACCUCUUUUACCACCUGAGAAGGCCAUAUGCCAACCCCCACAUGUUGCAGUUCAUCUCUUGACGAAGGGAACCAUUUCUGAAACCCCACUGACUGAGUGUCGAAUAGCUGACUCUUUUUUCAUCCCACGCUGCUAAUUGGUACGUUAGCCAUGUAAAUUCCCCGAGCCAGUAAAAAGGGCAGGCGGGAGAGUGUAAAAUAAAAAAAAGUAAUAAAAAAAGCAGUGGGGGAAGGAAAGAAAUAUGUUGAAAAGGCAGAAUUCUUUGGAUCAUUUAGCGUUACUUCUUUCCUCUUACAUUUUUUUUUUUUUUCUUUAAUUUACAGCAGGAACAGGUCUCAUUCCACAAGAAAAGACAUGCCUCAGCCUUAAGUGCGUUCUUACAUUAUCGUCAGUUUCCUACAGUAUGUGACUUUGUGAUGCCUGUGUUGGGUGGCCUACCAAGAAUACAAGCCUAUAACGUACUUGAUAUGCCCUCAAUCCCCAACUGGCAUUCUCAUCUCUUCUCAUUUCUCAUGUAAACCACUAACACUGCUACAGAACUUACUGAACUCUAAUGUACGAACAAGUGUAAGCUUCGACAGAUCCGUCCCAUUUGUAAUGAUGUCAGAACAGAAACAAGGUCUGGGUCAAACAGCAUUUGGAAACAAUUCUUGGCAUUUGUUUCAACCAGAUGAGCAGUGCUUACUGCCUCAGGACAAUUCAGAUAUCACCAUAAACAUUCUGAAUGACAUGGAAACAUUUGCUAAUUAGAAUUUUAUUUACACUUUCCUGUGUUCGUGUAAGCUUAUUGGUUAUCAUUGUAUUGUCAUUGAUGGCAAAUCCAAAGAACAAUAUUUCAGAUACAGUUUGACCCGGGCCUGACAUGAACCAGGAGUGCUGGAUUACAGAAACCUGUGCCUGUAUAAUGAACCAAGGAUGAACUGCGUUUUGAUGAAUUGCUGUUCUUUUUUUUUUUUUCUUUUCUUUUUUGGUUGGAUGUCCUCUCACCCCAUUGGAGGAUCAGAGACAUGGAGCUUUUGAGUGUUGUCAAUUCUGUCCGAAAGGAAAUUGGUCCUCUAUCCUUUAAACCAACCAUAAUCUUGGUUUAAUACAUGUUUACUGUAAUGUUUACUCUCAUGGCUAUCAGACCUGAUCAACCUGUUUUUGGCCCAUUAGCAUUCCAAUAAUGACUUUGAACCAAAUAUUGCACAAGAGAUUAGGCUCCUGGUGCCGUUUUCCCCUUGUAUACACAUAAUGGUUUUGAAGACAGAUAUUUGAAAAAGUCCAAGUAUUUAAAACAUUUUAUGUGCACGCUGAUUGUUCAGAUUGUUUCUUUUUUUUUUUCAAUGUAGCAUCACUCUUGUGUCGGUCUUAUUUCAAACUAAAGAUAUUGGACUCUGAUACUUCCUGAGUGAUGCACCAGCAAACGGAUGUAUACGUUGAACAGUGAACCUUUACCACCAGAUGAUCCAUGUCUCAGUCUCUCUGUAUGUUGCAAAGGCUCUGUUGUACCAACAGCUCUAUUCCUCUCAGUUUUAAAUGUCUCUUUCUUUUGUAACUCUCUCUUAUAGGUUGUUGGCCUUUUUAGUGUUGCUUUGCUUCAGUUUGAAGUGUAUCUUUGACUAAUACUUGCAAUAAAAUGCUUUGCUUUA